UUAAAAUCCUAAACCCUAGGCAAAGACGUGUAAGGGAGGGAGUAAUCCGGAAUAAAUAUUCUAUACGAUCACUCAGCCGUAUAAAUCGGUUAAUUCCUACUACUUAGGCGGUCAAGCAACGACUAAAUAGGGUUUAUUAGUUGGUUUAGCUCUAUAAGCAGAGAUUUCGGCCAGAAUUCGAUUUAAGAUCCUUUAUUAUCUGGAAAUCCUAGAAAGUGUUACCCUACGGAAAAUGGAGAACUGCAAAUUUCCAAGAGAGCUGUUGAUUGAGAUAUUGGUGAAGAUGCCCAUAAAAUCUCUUAUGCGAUUCAAGUGUGUGUGCAAAUAUUUGUGUGAUUUGAUAAAGAAGGAUCAUCACUUGAAGAACAAAUUCUAUGAAAUUAAUCGAGGGAAAUACGAUUGUGCUGUUAUAGAGGUCGAAACUGCACCAGGAAGCUCAGCCAACAAACUUUUCGCUUUGCUUCACAAAGAAUCGGAGUGUGAUGAGGUUAGAUGCACAUGCGUAGAAAUCCCAGAUUCAGCUGCAAGAUAUGUCAGUAGUUGUGACGGAAUGUUGUGUUUGAUUUUCAGCAAGGGGGGUUUUGAUCUCCGUUCUUCAGAUUUUUCGGAUUGUUGUUAUACUGGAGAUAUGAAUUUCAACGUUUUGAUAUGGAACCCAUUCAUUAAGGAGAUAAAUGCCUUACCGCCUGUUGUCGUUCCUAACAACCCACCCACCGAUGUAGCUAUCACCUAUUUGUUGUAUGAAGCAUUUGGAUUUGGGAUUUCGAACAACAAGACAUGGAAGGUCGUCAUGCUUUGGCAUUUUGAUUAUGAUCCCCGUGACAUCGAAUUCACUUAUGAAAUUGUAAUGGUUUGCAGCCAAGAUGCAGGGGAUGGUUCAUGGAGGUGGAGAAAGAUUGAUGCUCUUCCAAAUGUGGCUGUGGAACCUACUCAAGACUUUUAUCUGAAGGGAAAAUACUAUUGGCGAGUACACAGCGUAUAUGGCUCCAAUUUACCCUUCUCGGGAGAGCGUUUGCUGUGGUUCGACUUGGACAGUGAGGUUUUUGGGAUGAUCCCGUUGCCUAACACAGGUGAUCAUUUCUCAUGUACCGUCAUGAACGACACUAUAGCCCUCAUUAGUCACCGCUGCGAAGAGGAUUCAUGGCCAAUGGAUCAUAUGGAUAUAAGGUUAAUGAGUGAAACCAGUGGCGACAUUGAUUGGCCUAAACAGUGGAGGAUCGAUUGUGGUGGAAGUAUAGGAAAACAUGAGUUAUUGUAUCCACCAGCGGAAUAUCGAACUUGGGAAGAAGAAUGGAGUCCUGUUGGAAUUUGGAAUCAGGGUGGCCGUUUGCAUCUGUUGGCAUUUCCAGAUAUUAAGAAGUAUCGCGCUAUUGGUUGCUGCGGAACUCGUCGUUUUUCGGGUGAAGACAACUAUAAACCAUAUCUUGUUUCCGUUGAUUUGGAAACGCAGGAAAUGAAGCUCAUUUAUUUGGCUCAGGAAACCAAGUGUGUUAAAAUUGUUUCAAAUUCAUCGGGAAAGUACGUUCAAGUUUUAUCCGAGAGCAGUAUUGAAGCAACCCAAUUAUGGAUGGAUACCUUGCCAUCAUGCCAAGCUUAUGCUCGUAUGUACAACCCAAGUCUAAAACUGCCAUAGAUGAUGACAUUUAGUGAGUAUUAUUUAAUUUUAGUAAUGUUUCUUUUCACUUCCCCUUGAACUUGAGAGCUACGAAG